GACUACUCCAUCCUCAUGGAUCCCAACCCAAUAAAGACCGCUAUGAACGUCUGCAAGGACCUUAUUGCCCAUAGAGUGUACGCAGUAGUGGUGUCACACCCGCUAACCGGGGACCUCUCCCCCGCCGCGGUCUCCUACACCAGCGGGUUCUACCACAUUCCUGUGAUCGGCAUCUCCUCGCGCGACUCCGCCUUCUCCGACAAGAAUAUCCACGUGUCUUUUUUGAGGACCGUCCCUCCAUAUUCACACCAGGCUGAUGUCUGGGUGGAUGUUUUGAAGCACUUUAAUUACAUGAAGGUGAUCGUUAUACACAGCUCGGACACCGAUGGACGCGCCAUAUUGGGACGAUUCCAAACGACUUCGCAGAGUGUGGACGACGACGUGGAUCGUAAGGUAGUGGUGGAGCAGGUCAUCGAGUUCGAGCCCGGCCUCGACUCUUUCAGCGACAAGCUUAUCGAGGUCAGAAGUGCUCAAGCCAGGGUCUUCCUCAUGUACGCCAGCAAAACGGACGCCGAGAUAAUCUUCCGCGACGCGAUGUACCUAAACAUGACGACGGCGGGGUACGUGUGGAUGGUGACGGAGCAGGCCCUGGACGCCGCUAACGCGCCCGAAGGGCUGCUAGGGCUCAGGCUGGUCAACGCGACCAACGAGCGCGCGCAUAUACAGGACUCCAUUUACGUUCUAGCAUCAGCUAUCCGUGACAUGAACACGUCAGAGGAGAUCUACGCUCCGCCGUCAGACUGCGACAACUCGGGCUCCAUUUGGACCACGGGCCGGGUUCUCUUCGACUACAUCAGGAAACAACGGCUAGAAAACGGGGCUACGGGUCACGUGGCCUUCGAUGAUCACGGGGACAGAGUCCACGCCGAGUACGAUAUGGUGAAUGUGCGCGCACAAGGAGAGCAUGUGGCUGUUGGAAAAUAUUUUUAUUCGAAUGAAACGCAAAAAAUGAGGUUAGAGUUGAAAGAGCAAGAAAUAAUAUGGAUGGGUCGAAGUCCUUCCAAACCAGAGGGAUUUAUGAUACCAACUCAUUUGAAGGUAUUGACAAUAGAAGAAAAGCCAUUUGUUUAUGCUCGACGGAUAGACUACGAAAAUGAUUGUACUGAAGAAGAAAUAUUAUGUCCUCAUUAUAACGCCAGCGAUAAUACAGGACAGCUGUACUGCUGUAAAGGAUUUUGUAUGGACCUUUUAAAACAGUUGUCCAAAGUAAUAAAUUUCACUUACUCGCUUGCUCUUUCUCCCGAUGGCCAGUUUGGAAACUACAUUAUCAAAAACUUAUCUGCACUCGGAGCUAAGAAGGAAUGGACAGGACUCAUAGGAGAAUUAGUAUAUGAACGUGCUGACAUGAUAGUGGCCCCUCUGACUAUUAAUCCAGAAAGAGCAGAAUUUAUUGAAUUUAGCAAACCAUUCAAAUAUCAAGGGAUAACAAUAUUAGAAAAAAAGCCGUCUCGCUCCUCAACGCUGGUGUCGUUCUUGCAACCGUUCUCCAACACGCUCUGGAUCCUGGUGAUGGUGUCGGUGCACGUGGUGGCUCUCGUCCUGUACCUGCUCGACCGGUUCUCGCCGUUCGGAAGGUUCAAGCUGGCGAAUAUUGACGGCACAGAAGAGGACGCGCUCAAUUUGUCAAGCGCCAUAUGGUUCGCUUGGGGCGUGCUUUUGAACAGCGGCAUUGGUGAAGGAACGCCCCGCAGUUUCUCAGCGCGCGUGCUGGGCAUGGUGUGGGCGGGGUUCGCGAUGAUCAUCGUGGCCUCCUACACGGCCAACCUGGCCGCCUUCCUCGUGCUCGAGCGCCCCAAGACCAAGCUGACGGGCAUCAACGACGCAAGAUUGCGCAACACGAUGGAGAACCUGACGUGCGCCACGGUGAAGGGCUCGGCGGUGGACAUGUACUUCCGGAGGCAGGUGGAGCUCUCCAAUAUGUACCGCACGAUGGAGGCCAACAAUUAUGAUAACGCUGAGCAAGCCAUCGAAGAUGUUAAGAACGGCAAGCUAAUGGCGUUCAUCUGGGACUCUUCCCGCUUGGAGUUCGAGGCGGCGCAGGACUGCGAGUUGGUGACGGCGGGGGAACUGUUCGGCCGCUCGGGGUACGGCGUCGGCCUGCAGAAGGGCUCGCCCUGGGCCGACCUCGUCACAUUGGCGAUAUUAGACUUUCAUGAAAGUGGAAUAAUGGACAACUUGGACAACGAGUGGAUACUGCGGAAUAACCUCUUGAACUGCGAGGAAAACGAAAAGACGCCGAAUACUUUAGGCUUGAAAAAUAUGGCGGGGGUGUUCAUUCUAGUGCUGGCCGGCAUCAUCGGGGGGAUCGUGCUGAUCGUCAUCGAGGUGGUUUACAAGCGACACCAGAUCAAGAAGCAGAAGCGAAUGGAGAUAGCGCGCCACGCCGCCGACAGAUGGCGCGGAGCCGUCGAGAAACGGAAAUCGAUGCGGGCGUCGCUCUUGCCGACGCAACGGAGAGUGAAGUCCAACGGCGUGAAGGAGGCGGGCAGCAUCAGCCUGGCCGUGGAGCGCGGCGCGCGGCGGCGCGACGAGCCGCGGGUGCCGCGCUACCUGCCCGCCUACACCCCCGAUGUGUCGCACUUGGUCGUCUAACAUGUUGUAUAAGUGGGCACUUCGGCCGUAACCUUUAGGUACCUACUGUUGCCUUUCGGUGGUCACACAAUAUAUUUUCGAGUAAUCCUUUAUGACAUUUUUACUUUCAAGGCCUAUGUUUUCUAUAAGUAAAUAUAAAAUAUCUAAUCCCUGAUGUUGAAAACUCAAUCUUUUGAUUGAGAACGAUCCCAGAAAGCUGCACCCCUAUUAGUUCGAUGUCACGAAUUUCACUUCAAAAAAUAAAGUAGGGUGGAUUGAUGAUGAUAUUAUUUUUAUCCACUAUCCUUCUGUCAUUCAGUCCGUUUUUCAUUAAAAAUAUAUCCGUCCCAUAUAUUAUGGAAUAAUUUACAUUAGAUCCUGAGAAGUACAAGACAAGAGCACCUGAUGAUAUGCAGCUUGUACAUACAAAAUAAUUUGAUUCAUUGUAUGAGAUGGGCUUCGGUGUUCCACGCGGGCUGGCACGUAAAACCGAUGUCCAUUCAUCUGAUUUACAAUUUACUAGACCAUUCGUUGUUUUAAAAUAAUUGUUUGUGCGUAUUUUCAUGGAACGUUCAAAAGCUAAUGGAAAGGCGAAACAAGUUUUGCUCGCGCCUUAAUUCUUUUUACUAUAUUCAAAAGGCAGCAAGUCAGCGCAAGAGAGCUUUUUUGAGCGUAAAAAAUACUGCAUAACCAAUUGGGAUUUUAUUAGUCUGUGUCAAUUUGGUCUAAAUAAGGCAUUGCAAAAUUGCGACAGCAAUGCAAGGUACUAAUUAAUAGGUACGUAACACCAUGUAGAUAUAAAUGAAAGUAGGCUAUAAGUAUAUGAUAAGAAUAUUAGAAGCUCAUAAAAUAUUUGAAUUAGAUAUAAAAUGGUAAUACAUAUUAUUUUAUUGUUGUCAUGUUGGUAUUUAUUAAUAAAAUAAGACUAUUUUCAUUUGAAAUCGCUUUUGAUCUUU